UACUGGAUGCAAGAAAUAGAUAAGCAACAUCUUGUUUUUUGUUUUGCCACCCAUAUGUAUGUGCUUAUUCCGUCAAUAUGCAACCUGCUUCAACAGUGGAAUAUAUUUAAUAUGGACUCUCCUAGUUGUGGUUGGAAUUGGAUCUGUUUACUUUCAUGCCACCCUCAGUUUCCUGGGUCAGAUGCUGGAUGAGCUGGCUAUUCUCUGGGUUCUGAUGUGUGCUCUUGCCAUGUGGUUCCCUAGGAGAUAUCUACCGAGAGUUUUUCGAAAUGAUAGGAGCCGUUUUAAAGCUGCUGUAGGUGUGCUUUCUGGAGUUACUACCUGCCUUGCCUUCAUCAAGCCUGCUAUCAACAACAUCUCGCUAAUGACUUUAGGUGUUCCCUGCACAGCUUUGCUCAUUGCUGAGUUAAAGAGGUGUGAAAACCUGCGUGUAUACAAACUGGGUCUCUUUUCAGGUCUUUGGUGGAUGCUAGCACUUUUCUGCUGGAUCAGUGACAAAGUAUUUUGUGAAAUCUGGUCCUCAUUUAACUUCCCCUAUUUGCACUGUGUAUGGCACAUCUUGAUUUGCCUUGCAGCUUACCUAGGCUGCGUCUGUUUUGCUUACUUCGACGCUGCCUCUGAGAUCCCUGAGCAGGGCCCUGUCAUAAAGUUCUGGCCCAGUGAGAGAUGGGCAUUCAUUGGCGUUCCCUAUGUUACCCUUCUCUGCGCGCACAAGAAAUCGCCUGUGAAGAUCACAUGAAGUCAGACAUGGAAUGGGAUGGACUUUCAACCUACAUUCCAGCACAGAGAGUACUUCAUUAAUGAAAAAUGAAUAAGGUUGCUGGUGACUGCAGAAAUCAAGGCUACAGCAUGGGCUAACAUCUGUUACAAAGUUUGGAAGAUAUACUGGUGAAUAUGACAAAAGUCUUUGCACCUGACCACCCUGGGUGGCAUUUGAGCGGUGGGAGCUGCUGCAUGAGGCUGUGGCCUUGCAGAGAGUGGCUGCAUGUCCUCCAGUCCUGUGAGAUACCACUGAAGGGAAUGGACAAAGCCUGAAACAUGGCAUUGCAUGUGAUGGAGAAGACAGGGUGUGGAAGCUGUAAUGGCUGGGGUUUCUGACUAAAUGGCAGACAACUGGUUGAGGUUUAAGUCCGACUAGUGAGGAGUUCAUCACUGUGCUUCUGCUUCCUUAUUGGCAUUGCUUGUGAGUUCACCUGCACUAGAUAGAUCAUCAGCCAUAUGACUGUCAUCUGGGUGUUACUUUUUUCGAAUAGUAACAAGAAUGGGGAAUGGGGCAAAGCAUGACAGGCAUUUUAUUUUUGUCUAAAUCAUCCAAAUAUUCUGUCAAUUGAAUCUCUGUUGCCUUCACAUGAACCUUAUCAGAGAUGAACAGGAUCAGCAGAAAGAAUCUCUUCAUUUUAUGGCCUUGUCAGACAGGCUCUUAAAAUGAAGGAAUAGCUGACAAUACUGAUUUUUCUUCCAUGGUCUGGUUGGUACAGCCUGCAAAUGACUCAGCUGUGUUUCGUGAUCCAGGGCAGUAGUAUUUCCUGACAACCAUAAACAGACCUAGCAGUGUGAUUAUCUUUACAGAUAAGAUAAGUUACUGCUAAGUAUUAGCAGUAACUGGCUGGGUGGGAAUCUUUAGAGCGAUCUCGUUGGGCUUGUUUAUAGAAAGAGUGUUGAACUACCAAGAUAUAGUUUAUGAGGUUAGUUGAAUCUAGCAACAAUUUCCUGGGCACUGUUCAGACUCUUUUGUUCUUUUAGAUGGUGAUGAUUUUUAUCUUAAAGUGAUGAAGAAGUCUGUUUUGAAGUGCUCCUAGUGUUCUUACGGUUCCUCCAUCACCAAGACAUACCUAUGACAUCAAAUUUGUAACUAGCAGAGCCAUGGGGAAGAAUCUGCAAAUUCUACGAGGCUCUGCAGAGACAAUUCAGGAAACAGAAAGUCUGUUUGUUGGGGCUAAGGUUGCCAUAUUGCCACUGUUUCAAAAAUCAGUCUUGCUGACUGAAAGAAGGAUAGCUUCUCUGUGAGCUCAAUUACUCAUCUCUGCUGCAAGUACCUACUGGGUUUUGAAGGAAAAUAAAAAUUCAGUGAGUGAGGAUUUAUGAGACAAACUCAUCAGGACAGUACUCAGUGUGUACUAGGGGGAAGAUGGCUUGGUUGGAUUCUUCAACUUUGAAUCAGUGCUGGGGUGAGGCCUGAAGCUGCGAUAGAUUUCUUUGGGUCUAAUCCUUUUGCCAUUAGAGAUCCACAAGAAAACCAAAGGUGCUGGCAGAUUGCCACACAUUUCUAUUGAAAUUAAUGGUUAUAGAAAGAGUCCAUCUGUCUCUUCCUCAAAAUAUACUUGGUUGCACUUUAAUCAGAAGGCUGGGAGUUAAUCCAAUAGGCCAUGUACCAGCAAAGACGACUUUACAAAAAAUUCAUCAUCCAUCAGUCAAUUCAGACACACAAAGGUCACCUUUCUUUCUGCCUAUUUUGUUUCAGAUUUUUUCAGUAAGUGAAAUCAGAUGUCAAACUUCCCUCUUAAUACAAUCACUGUAGCCUUUUCAAUUCAGCAUUAGAGAGUACAUCCAGAAAUACAAGAAGCUGCUCAGUCUAUCUCAGCUGAAUAAACUUGUAUUAAGUAAAUGUUUCUUACAAAUGUUAGUCUGUGAUGCGAUUUUAGAGAAAACCUGUGAUGUAUUCAGGCAUCUCAGAGAAGUGCAUGGUAUAAUGCAUGCAGAAGAAAGGCCCAGAAGUUGCCCCACUAUAGUGGCUAUGAUAAACAGGUUGGAUUUUUUCCUAAUGUUCAGAAGUUGUUAAAAUUUUUCCUUUCAGGAGACUGAAAGCUAUAUGCAGCACUGACGAGCUGUUAGCCGUGCUGGGAGACAACAAUCUGGAGUAAUUAGCAGAUAUCCUCCCAUCUUUCUUGCCUGUGGCCAGCAUCUCCUUUGUAGGGGCAUGCAGCUCCCACCUCAGUUCAACCUCUGUCCCAGCCUCAGGCUGGGGACUCCAUGGAGGAGCUCAUAACAGACACCCUCUAUAUUCAAAUCCACAUCUUGCAAUGCUUCCUAGUUUUAUUAAUCCCAUAUACUAAUUGCAGGACUGUUGCUACAGAGGAGGCUUUAUUCACUAUAAAAGCCAGUGAAAGCCAAACAGAUACAGGGAGCUCCACGAACUAAUGAAGUCAGGUUUCCUACAGUUGUGUUUUUUACACACAAAUUGAGAGAUUUUCCUGUUGUUGAGGUAUUUAUAAGGUCUCUGCUUCUCCCUCUCUUGACCUUUCCAAGUCUAAUAUUGCAAAAGGUCAUUCACCUCUUUUUAAAUGCAGGCACUCUGUAGCAACCUUUUCCUCUGCACUCAGGUGCCUGUUUCCAUGAAACUCAUGGGAACUGAAUUAGCUCUGAGGCCUUCACCUUUCUGUCAAAUCUGAGUGGAACCAGCCAGUAAGUAAAAUAUAGCAAUAACAACAAAAAACCCUUACAAUGGAGGGACACAGAGAGAGGCAGCCUGCCUUGUUCUUCAGGAAAUCGGGUCAGGUUUUUAAAGAAAACAGAGAAGACAGAGAAGAUGUGUGUGAUGUAUUUGCUAUUGAUGCCUUGUUGUUUUGACUGCAGUGGACUUCAUGCUUUCAGUAUAUUCCUUGAUUAUGCUUUGCAAGGCUGAUGUAAUUGUCUAGAAUCAGCAAUUCUUGUACCACAGAGUGCAUUUUGUUAUUUUUUGCCAACAGUGAUAUACUGAAAUUGAACUAGAUGUACUGUCCUCCCAGCCCUUUGGUUCAUGAGGAAGCGCUGCACAGACAAAUUGUACUCAUCUGUGUGUGUUUUUAAUCUUUGCUCUACACUAAUGGCUUUAUCUUGCUUUCAGUUCUACUGAUACAAUCUCUGAAAGGAGUAGUUCAAGAGCGGGUGACUCCUUUAAGAUGCAGAGUCCCUCCUUUGGACUCUUUCUCUGUGCAUCUGCCGCAUCUCCUACAGAAGUCAAUGGAGAUUUCGCUACCCCUGUGGGCAAGCCCAGGCCUCUAGAGAGUGUUUGAGCUGUGAAAUAAGUUAGCUUGAUAGUUAACUCAUGCCGCACUAUGACGUUAAGCAGUACACAGGGUCCAGUAGGAGUCAUGCAGAGCAGUUAAAGGAGAUAAAGCGUUAUAGACUAGAAGAAAUCAAGAUAAGAGACUAUUUCAUGCAGAAAUAGGAAUGCCCCCUCUCCCCUUCCCUUUCUUGUAUUACAGUUCUCUCUCUUUUGCAUUCUUCCCCAAAUUCUUCAGUCUGUAACCAUGGAAGGAUUGUUCAUCACUCAGCUGGUACAGCUGUGUUAUCUGCAACUUUGAUAUCAGGGGUUUAAAGAAUCCUGUCAUUGGAGGUCUCCUAUCUGAAUCUUUCCCAAUUGUCCUCCAGACAAAAGCAGUGAAAGUAAAGUGAAUAGAUUGUUCUUUAGAGCUACUUAAGGACAUUUUUUUCCCCCUGUAAAUCCAACAAUUCCCAGUACUAUUAGGCUUUAGUAUUGUCCUUGACCCAAAUAAUAUCCCACAGUUAGAGGAACUCGCAGCUCUUUCGCAGCAGCAAGAUCUGAACAUGCUUUGUCUACGGCAGAAAUAGCUUCCUUCAGCCAGUCCAAAAAAAAAAAAAAAAAGUAAUUAUGGAAAUACACAGUGUAUUUCUUUGGUAGCUGUUUCAGGGACAAGGGACAUCAUUCAUCACAGAUCCUCACCAGCUGCCGCGAAAAGAGCUGAAAUGCACAGUAGAAUAUAUGGUAUUAGAUUAAAGAUAAGUCAAUAGCAGGAAUACCAACUACCUCAAAACUCUUUUAGCAGAAGGUUAGCAAACCUAGUGUUUAGCAUAUGUUGCAUUGCAUUGAGAAAUGAAAGACACACUGGUUUCCAAGAGCAUAAAAACAUCUUAGCCUGAUAAUGUCCACGGAAACUGCAUGUGCUUGUCCUGCUAUGUUUUCACCCUGUGUUUGCUACCGCACCCCAGUCAAUGAGGUUCCAAAGCAAGCCAGGACUCCUGUUUCUGUUAGGGUAGACAGGGCUAGCAAGGCCUGCCAAUGUCAGGGAGCCAAGUUUUCCUCUUCCACAGGUUACUCUCUCUCUCUUUUUGCUGCAGCUCAGAAGGAGGUGACACCUUAUUUGAGGGGAAGGUUUUGCCCUCCAGCAGUACUCACAACUCACAAAGACUUCAGCACAAACCCAUUGCCAAACAACUGAGGACAUCUCCUAUGCCAGUUGCUCUCUUUUCCUUCCAUGAUGCUUGGUGGUACUUGCACAGCUGACCCUCACCUCUGCACUCUCAGCUGACAGCGCAGCUGACCUCCAGUUCGUCUCUGACCCAGCGCUGGUACAGGGAAUCCUCUGCUGCGGAGAUACAGGCACAUGCAGUUUCAUGCCUUUCUGGUGGCCCGGUGAUGAAGCAGUAAGGGGAAAUUUGACAUGGAAGGCUAAUAUUUCCUCACCAUUGCCUGUCAACUGGUUGCAAGUAAUUCAAAGCUUUGCAGGACACCUCUGUUUCAUUCAAAGAUCCUGUUAAGUAUCUGAUUUGGUGCUUUUUUAUUUAGGGGAUGCUGGGAACUUCUCUGCCUAUGAUCCUCAUAUUUUACUAUGCAAGAAAUAGUUUGGUCUGGGUUGAGAUCUCAGAGGGAAUACUGUAGUUUUAUGGCCUAAUCAUUGCUCUGACCAAAAAGCCUCCUUGCCCACGACAACUGUUACAAAUUAUCCAAGCUGAGAUGAAGAAAUUGGCACAAAUAGGAAAGGAGGAGAUAACUGACACAUCUCUUUAGAGAUGUGCUUAUAAUAAUAGGCAACAACAGAGAAUAGUCUAUAGUCUAUUUCUCAAUACUCUUUAAGAGUAUCUGGGGACAAAUAUUUAAUUCCCUGAGAAAGGUGUUGAUGGGAAGGGAAUUCCCCCUUGGUCAUGUUUUAAAGGGAAGCUCGGGCAGCUUCUGAAGUCUUUCCAGAGGAGGGAUCAAAUAAUCUUAACAAUAUACAUUACAUUUGAUUUCUCCUUGUCAAUAAACAUCCCAAAUGUAACUACUUGUAAAUGUAAAUAGCAUAAUGAGCAAACACAGGUUUCUUUUUUCAGGCACCGCAGGUCAGAUAGAGAAGUCUUUGCCCAGUUAAGGAGAUAUGCAUGGCAAGGAGAUUUCCCGUCGUUCCUCCAGAGAGGGUCAAAGAAGCUAUUUAAUGUAUUUUCCUGCUCUGCACUUGUCAUAUACCACCAUCAAGUCUGCUGUGGAAAUUAAUGAUUUUAAGUCCUCUACCUCCUUUCAAGAGUGGCUGAAGUUGAGUAUCCUUCACCCAACCACGCACUAAAAAAAAGCCAAACAUCCUGACUGGCAAGGACGACACACUGUGCAGUCUGAAGAUUAAACAGCAAGCUGUCAAACUGAAGAACAGCUUUCAAAACAACCUGUGAACAAACAUGUCUCAGUUAAGAAACAUAUUGGAGGCUUGGUGCAAAUGGGACCACAGGACUCCAGACGUACACGACUCGAGGAAGUUAUUGUCUGGUAGUUUCACAUUGGGCUGCAGAUGAAAAACUCCUGCUUAACCAAAUUCUGAGCUCCCUGGAACAUGGACUGUUUUUCUUCCUCUGUGUUUGCACAGCAGGUAGCACAGUGAUGUGGCAAGAUGCUGCAAAUGCUACUUUAACACAUAUGAUGGUAGCCUUGCAAAUUGCAAUUCAAUCUAGAACAGAUAUUUAAAAAAAUAUUUUCAGAGCUGUUGCAAAUCCAAGAUAAUUAAGCCAGAAAAUAUUGAAUCAAGUCACACACCAUUAAGUCCUUUUUAUUAUUAUUUAUUGUUCUUAUUGUUAUUCACACUUAGACAACUUAAUUACAUAAAGUGAUUUAUGUGAAGAGCUCUGUAUCAGUAAUAUAAGGUUUAUACAUUAAUGUGAAAAAGUGUAUACACCACAGUGAAACAUUCUGUAGCUAUACUGAAGUAGGACCUUUGUUAGAAGGGAUUAUUUCCUAAAGCCUAUGCAGAAAUAAAUUUAACUUUCGUAUUCAUAUACAGACUUAUAUUCACAGAGAAUGUACCAAUUCAGACAUAUAACAGUUUAAUCUACUGAAUAAUGAUCCAUACACAUGAAAAAAACUAGAAUUUUCUUGGGGUUGCUUGGAUUGGCUUCCAUGGCAAUAGAUUUUUUUUUUUAAAGUUUGAAAUAAAUAAGACUGGGGACUUCAGAUUUUUCUUACACUAAGUUGAAAAUGAGAGCUGGGAGAGUAAGAAAACUAUGAAGUUGGAAACAAGUUAAAAAAGCUUUAUUACAAAAAUAGCCUCUGUCAGUUAUAACAUGCUGCUCUUUGUUACUUUCAUGUGACAAAACAGAGGUCUGAUCUUAAUUUUGAUGGGAGAUUAAGAGAAGUAUUUGUUUUUUACUAGAUAGUUUGACCCUGAAAACUUUAGCUCUUUUGUAAAAAAGAUGCGAUAGAAAUAGCUCAGCUGUUAUAAACUUAAAAUAGGAGGGGUUUAAUUUACUGUGAUCUGAGUGGGAGAAAAUAUUUGAGCAACAGGAUGACUUAAUUGCAUCGCUGGGCUUGACUGCAAGCAUUAUAUUCCUUCUUCUGGAGUGAACAAGGAUGACAGCGUUGAGCCCCUGUGGCAAAGUCAGUGUGUACCAUUUUCUACAUUCACCCAGGGAAUUUUAGGAGAAUGAGCAAACUCCGUCUUACUUACAGCUUCACUAAGGCAAAACUAUAUCCUGCUUUACUGUACAUAAAUUUGAUGGUAUUUUACAUUAUACCUUAAACAAAGACAUAAAAUGGAUUCUUUACGUUAAAACUAUCAUCCCCCAUUUAGAAACCCUGAACUAGUCUGGGUUUUUUUAUGGCUUCUCUUCACAUUAAGACAACUAUGUGACGUAAGAUAAUGGUUAAAAAAAA